GAUAAGAUGAAGGGUGUGCCCCUCUCUGCGUAUAAAACCGCCCGUCUCUCCAGCAUCAACAUCACUCUUGAUUCCUUCUUUGCUUGUUUGGAAACUCUACAGAAAUCUGAGUCAACAUGUCUCAAAUUCAGAAAGCCAUGGCAAUGUUGAUUGCCACCUUUCAUAAAUACUCUGGAAAGGAGGGAGACAAGACCACUCUGGCCAAAAACGAGCUCAAGGACCUGCUCAAUGCAGAGCUGGGUGAUAUCUUGGGGAAAGCAGAUGACAAGGCAGCUGUCGACAAGAUCUUUGAGGAUCUGGAUUCAGAUGGUAGUGGCUGUGUGGACUUUCAGGAGUACGCCACUUUAGUCGCCUGCAUUACUAUGUUGUGUGAUGAGCAGUUGGGUAAAAAGUGAUUCAAAGAAAAUGCUUGCUUACACUGAUUUCAGUUCUGUUUAAUGUAUUCCCUACAACCUUGCAUGUGUACACGGUUCAUUUAACACUCUGUUGAGCAAACUGAGCCGUCACUGGGAGACAAUGUAUCAAUAAAGAUUGAAUUUCUCACAA